CCUUAUUCGGUUCUUAUAGAUUUUCGAGACUACACAAACUAUUUUAUCAAUUUGUUUCAAUCAUCUUAUUUUUAGUACAACAACGACAUACAAUAUAAUAGCAUCAAAAUCUCCAAUUGAAAGUGUGAAAGUGAAGAAAAUGAAGAUACUGCUAUUAAUUUGCUUACUCUUUAGUUUGUUAUGGGGACGGGGAGUGCCUUCAACAACUCCUUCCCCUAAUGAAGGAGACGAUGUGGGAAACCUCAUUACCCCCACAAUGUUCAAUGAAAUGUUCAAGCAUCAAAAGGAUCCUGAGUGUGAAAGCCAAGGGUUCUAUAGUUACCAAGCUUUUAUUACAGCUGCUCGUUAUUUCAGUCGCUUUGGGUUUGCCACGACCGGAAAACCUUCCGUUCGAAAGAGGGAGGUAGCCGCUUUCCUCGCCCAAACUUCUCACCAAACCACCGGUGGAUGGGUUGCUGUACCGGAUGGUCCAACUUUCUGGGGAUAUUGCCGUAUAAAAGAAACAACAAAUGAUUCAUAUUGCGAUCCAAAAUGGCCUUGUGCUCCUGCUCAAAAAUACUACGGUCGUGGACCCAUGCAACUCCAAUACAACUUCAACUAUAUGAAAGCUGGUAAAGCAUUAGGAUUGGAUUUGUUGAAGAAUCCAGAUUUGUUAGCUACAGACCCAGUUGUGUCAUUCAAAACAGCCAUUUGGUAUUGGAUGACAUCGCGAGGCCUAAACAUACCAUCGUGUCACGAUGUUAUCAUCGGCAAAUGGCGUCCCACAAAAGCGGACAUAGCUGCUCGAAGACUCCCGGGUUUUGGUGUCAUUACGAACAUAAUCAACGGCGGAGAAGAAUGUGGACAUGAUGCUGAUACAUCUGUUCUUGACAGAUUUGAAUUUUUCAUGCGUUACUGCAAGAUGAUGGGUAUCAAAACAGGAAAACACAUCGAUUGCUUUUUUCAACAACCUUUUACCCGAAUGUAAUGGUUGCUAAGACCUUUCUUUCGAUUGUCAUUACCUUUUUAAAUAAUUGCUAGCAAUUGUGUUUUUCUUAAAAUUUGUUGUUUUAUAAAGUGAAUUAGUGUUUGAUAAAUUA